AUGACGGACAGCACGACACCGCGCUUGCGCCUCGUGGUCGUGGGUGCAACAGACGUCGGCAGAGAAAAAAGCAACGACAAAACAUUUGAUUCUUACUGUCAGACACAAUGUGGUGACGUAAUCCUUCGAACGGUCGCGAAACCCCAGACAAAGUCACCUGAAUGGCUACAAACGUUUACAUUUGGUAUAAAAAAGCCAUUAGGUGAUUGCGUCAGCUUUCGAAUCUAUGGGUUGAAGGAAUGCGGGAGAGACGUCUUAUUGGGUAGUACCGUAUUGUUACUUAACAAGUUAAUACCCAAACAGCAGACGGUGCAUAAACUGCCGUUAUUGGGUGCAGACGGGACAAACUGUGGAGAGCUUCUGGUUGAAGCCAUUUAUGAACCAAUGUUUAUACAAACACAAGAUACACCAGUGGCCAGUACCAAGUCAGCAACAGUUAUAAGUUUAUCAGCUCCAAUGACGGAAGAAACCGAGUGUCUAUUGCGUCCAAAUUUCUAUGUCGUGACGGUUUUAGAGGCAACAGGAUUGCUUGCUUGUGAUGGAUCAGGUAUUGAAGCUACUAGUGAUCCAUACGUACGCUUGAUAUGCACAAAGAACCAGUCACAGCGGACGAAAACACAGCAGCAGACACUUUGUCCGUCAUGGCGACAGAAAUUUUACUUUGUGAUUGUUCCAGGCGAAAAGCACGUGUUGGAACUUAUUGUGGAAGACAGUGAUCUACUCACAAGUGACUUUAUGGGACGCUGUGUCAUUGACUUGGAUGAAUUUGCCAAUCUUUUUCAAGGAGAAAAGCAGGUGUUCUGGUUAGCCUUGGAACAACAACCUGAGGCCAAGGACAAAAACGUAUCAAGUGAUUUGGGUCCACAGCGUACAAUGAACUAUGGAAAAGGCAAGAUUUGUGUUGCUAUUGAGCUGCAGUAUCUUGAUCGGGAUAUCAGCAGUUUGGAGCAAGGUGAAAGUGAUAACGUCACAGAAGUUCCAAGUGGCCGUGGUCUGCGACGUUCAGGAAGUUGUGAUGAUCUUGAAGAUGAUGGAGGAAACGAUGAAAAUCAUGCAGAAGAUACGAACGAAGGAGAUAAUGACGGUAGAGAUGAUGAUCAUGUCGAUGCUAGACGGGAAGAAGCUGAAGCUCAACGGAAGCAACGGGAAGAGGAACGUCAAAAGAUGUUGACCGAGCUGUCUAAUGUGCAGUUUCAAUCCGGUGAUUACCAGAUCCGAGCACGCGUUAUUGAAGUGCGUGACUUGCAGCCGAUGGAUGCCAAUGGCGUCUGCGAUCCAGUCAUUUCGGUUGAGUGUCUUGGACAGCGACAGCAUACAGUAGUGAAGCAGAAACAGCUUUCGUGUGUGUUUGACGAGUACCUGUACUUCAAUUUUAGGAACUUAGACAAAGAAACUGUCCAGCAAGGAAGCAUCAAGAUAUCGGUGUUUGACGCCGAUGGUCCAGGCUUGUCAGCGAACCGAUCGUCUAUCGCUCGCGCAUUCGAUGACCUCAUUGGAUUCUUUUCUGUGGACAUUCCUUACGUGUACUACCAGCCAGACCAUGAGAUGAAGCGAAAAUGGGUAGCUCUCAUCGGCAGCGGGACAACCAACAGUGAUUGUAUCCAAGGCUACGUUCUAUUGUCUCUUGUUGUGUUGGGACCUGGUGAUAAAAUGAAGUUGUAUGAUCCUUCAGACGACACAGACCCAGCGGAACACUUAGUGAAGUCGAAGGCUGAUAUCAACUCGAUGGUGUUGGUUCCUCCACGCGUGACACAGAAACUGAAUUUCUUGGUGGUUACGAUUUAUCGCGUUGAAGAACUGCCCGACAUGGACUACAGCAUGAUGAUGCAGGGAGGCAUUGAUGGAUACGUCCGAGCGUACUUUGCCGGUCAAGAUGUGCUGGAGACGAAGAAGGUGACCGUGAAAGGAAGUGGAAAUCUUGCAGUGGUAUUCAAUCAGGAGCUAUGGUUCCCGGUGCUCUUGCCAACUAUGAGCGAUAAAAUUUUCCUGUCAGUGUGGGACUGGGACUUGACCACUGCAGAUGAGCUUGUCGCCAAUAUUUUACAACCGUUUUCCUUCAAACAGGUACAACGCUAUCCCAAGCAGUUUAAAUAUCUUUGGGCAAACUUGUACGGCCCUCCAGUGGGAUACAGCACCAGCUCCAGCCCGCUUCAGUUGAUGCAAAACCACCCUGCAUAUGCCAGUACGUAUCGUGGACGUAUUUUGCUUUCGCUGCGCGUCGAAGAUGGAUUACAAUCAACGAAUGACGAUGCUCACGUUCGAAACCUGCUAACGAAUACGGCUAUCUUGCCGAGGAUGAAGAGAUACACGUUGCGUGCUGCGCUAUUUUACGGGACGGAGAUUCCUGCUUUUAAAAGUAACACCAACUGGAACCGAAAUACGCGGAUGUCGCUGAAGAUUUCAGUGGGUCGUCAUAGUGUAGAGAGCUCACGGGCACACAAUGUGUCCGGCAUUUGCCACUUUAACCAGUAUCUUGACAUUGUUGACGUGGAGCUUCCAGCGGACCUUGACCAAGUCCCCGACGUGUUUGUGCAUCUUAUGCGUCCGACAAUGAAUGAGUCACGCUGUAUCUGUUUUGCUCGCUUCAAAGCUCAAGAGUUAUUCUGUCAAGACCCUGAAGCACACAAGACCAUUGCACCACCUCAGUGGGUUGUGCUUAAUAAAGACAAGGUGCUGGAUGAGCUGGAGGACCAUGACUUUACUGGUAACAUCUUGAUGAAUCUCCGCCUUGACGAUGCUACUCAGAAAGAACGCAAGGAAGAGGAAGUUGCGCAGCAAUGGCGACAAUAUGCGAGCACAACGGUGCAGUACAUGAAAUAUGUGCUCUUUGUUCAUAUUUUCCAAGGAAAAUGCUUACCAGCAACCGACUUUGAUGGUUUGUUGGACCCGUACGUCAAGGUUGUCUGUGUUGGUUCUGAAGGCCAAGUGAGCACACGUAUGUCAACUCGAGAUCCUUGCUUCUAUGAGACAGUCGUGUUGGAUGUCGAGCUGCCUCAGAACGAGAUAUUUCUGCCCAAGGUAUCGCUACAAGUCUAUGAUUGGGAUCGUUACGACGCGGACGAUUACGUAGGAGGUGUGAAGUUCAGUUUGGCAGAAUUUCCUCAAAUGUCUUCAUCAGACUAUUCCAAGUCUCGCGCUAGUGGUGAAUACUCGGCUCCUCGUCCAAAGUGGUUCCCUAUAUGCUACGAAAAGCCUGGUGAUACCCAAGGCGAAUUGCUUCUGUCAUUUGACCUCGUAAAAAAGGAUACACCGGGAGUCAUCGUCGAACCUCCUGAGUCAAUCCGCCCACCUGCCGAAGAGGCUUUCGUAGAGAUCAUGUGCCUGGGAUGCCGUGGUCUACAGCCAACUGGGUUCAUGCCCAUUAACACCCCAUUUGCGAAGUUCGAAAUCGGUGAAAUCACUAGAACGAACCAGCCCAAAUUCACGAAUCCGUCUUCCAAACCGAGCAGUCGCAACCCGAACUUCUUGCAAAGAAUUGUGGUGCCAGUAAAAAUGCCUCUCGAUUCGCUUUUUGCGCCGCGCCUUAAUAUAACGGUGUACGAUCAGCUUCUUGGGGGGUUUUACAAGCCCGUGAUCGGUGUUUGCUCGGUGAACUUGAGCAAGAAAAUGCCGCUUUCGAACGGAAAACCGAAUGAAGCGUACAUUCAGGAGUGUAACAAAGGCGUCAACCAUGGAAGCAAUCCGUUUGUCGAUUAUGGUGACGACCUAUCAACUUUUCCAGGCACAGUCCCCUCCGAAGUCCUAAAAGCUCGAUCGUCAAGCGUGCUAGUACCAGAUAAUAAACGACACAAGCUUCACAAAGCAGGCGUCUGCUCGUCCGGUAGCUUUGGUAUUUACGACGACGACGAACUUCCAUGCUACAUGCAUCAGCGUGAUAUUGUUGAUGGUGAGUUGGAAGACACACUUCAGUCUCCAUUCGAGACCUUCACACUUUUCCGGGGUUCCAUGCCAUCACAUGACGGAUGUGAUUCAGCACACUCUGCCGAUACCUAUCGUCCAGUUGGGAAGUUUAAAGGUAUUGUGCGUGUUCUGAAGUCACGUGAUGAGCCGCCUCUUUUCGAUCUGGAUCAAUUUCUCAACCCGCAGCCAUAUCUUGUUCGCGUGUACGUGUUGGACGCAUUGAACUUGCAUCCAAAGGACGUGAACAACAGGUGCGAUCCUUACUUACGGGUGAGUCUCGGAGACGGUAGACGUCGCGAUCAGAUGUUUGACGACCGCGACAAAUACCAGUCAGAGACUCUGACACCAAAGUUUCACCAGAUGUACGAAUUCAAGGCAGACUUACCAGGAGCGUCCGAGUUGAAAUUGGAAGUGCUAGAUUAUGACUUUUUUGCAAUCCCAAUGGUUCCUACCGGUUUAAGCAAGGCGCUGAGCACUGCAGUUGGAAGUACCGUAGAUGGCGAUGAUUUUGUUGGCGCAACACUCAUCGAUUUGGAGGACCGGUGGUUCGAUGCCAAGUGGCAGGAGCUUGGUGGUUCAAUGGAUCGAACUGAGCGCCGCAAGCCGUUGGAGGUUCGUCCUUUGUUUGCACCUUCUAGCACCCUUCCUCAAGGCAGCCUUCGUCUCUGGGUCGAUAUCUUAACGGGAGCUGAGAUGAAUGUAGUGAAGCCGCUAGACAUUUCGCUGCCACCUCCGCAGAUGUUCGAAGUGCGCGUUAUUGUUUACAAGGCAAAGAAUGUGACGGCCGGGGAUUUCUCGGAUCUGAGCGACUUGUUUGUGAAAUGCUGGUUUCAGAAUCGUGACGAUAGAUCACAGAGCACCGACACACACUGGCGAGCCAGGCACGGGCGUGCAUCGUUCAAUUGGCGCAUGAAAUUUGAUGUGAAGUUGCCACUGGACCCAGAGAAGGAAGCUGAUCGUGGUUGCCUUCACUUGCAGAUGUGGGAUCGCGACAUCGUCUACGAUGACUGUCUUGCUGAUGCCGUGGUGGACCUUACGUCGUUCCUUAAGGAGGCCUUCAAAACGAAGCAGGCAGUUAACGUAUUUGCAAAACCAAAGCCCAUUCGUAUUCGCGGAGAUGAGAGCAUGCCGUACGAAAGCACCUCGCGUCGAUUGGGAUACUCUGCUACCGAAGAUGCUACUACUGUAGCCCAUUUGCAAUCACCUCGGUCCAAUGAAGUUGUCAUCUCUGUUUCAAAUGAAGACGGAACGGAUCCGGACAAGAUGCCUUUGCUUUCUGGAAACCAUACAACUGAUGACGACGACGAUGAUAUCGAAGAGAAUGAUGUGGAUAUUGACAUGGAGAAUGCCGAAUCGCUCGUGAAAUCAUUCAUGCAUCGUCUUGGCAUGGGAGAUGAUCCGGAAGAUGCGAGUUGGCUUACUAUGACAACCCGUGACUCCAUCACAGGUGACCGUGUUCGUGCUGGUGAGCUACUGGUGUCAGUAGAAAUUCUACCGAAACAUGUCGCGGAGAUGCAGGCGGCUGGAUUGGGACGAGGAGAGCCCAACAAUUUUCCAUUCUUACCAGAGCCUGCCGAUCGACUCCAUCUCUCAGCAGUGUGGAAUCCUUGCUAUGUGUUGGAGGCACUGAUGGGACCCAAGUAUUACCGUGCUUUUGCCUCGUUCUUUCUUGGUACGAUGUCCGUCCUGCUCGUGUUGUUUACUGGACCUCUUAUCAACGUGCUCUUGACACUUUUUGAGCUCGUGCCGCAGCCAUUUGGACUCAUUUUCUUCUUCGUGGUGCUGAUACUGCUCCUGAUUCUUCUCAUGUAUCUGAUCUAUCGUUGUCGCCGAGCACUCGUCCGAUUUUCAAGUCGAGAAGACUCUACGUCAAGGACCAAGAGUCGAAAGCGAAGAGCUCGUCGCUAG